AAUAAAUGCUUCUGUACAAGCUUUGGAAAACUUCUUAUUUCAAAUAACACUAAAGAUUUAAGAAAAGCAUAUAUUGUGAGUGAAAAUAAUCAUAAAUAAAGCCAUAAAUAAUACUUAUUGUGCGUGGAAGGUAUAAUGAAAAUAAAAUACACAUAUACACACACAAAGACAGAAAAUAUAUGUUUGAACGAGCGAAUCUUAGUGCACAACACACGGCGAAACUGCCAAGCGAAUAUAAUGAAAAAAAAUUAAUAGAAAUCAUUCAAAAAUUGCUUUUGUAAUGAGAAAAAGUCUUAAAUGUCUAAAAUGAGGUUGUGAACAAAACAGUUUCCAGCACUCAAGACACAUACACCAAGCAAUAGAAUAUUGCAAUAUAACGAGGAGGAAAGAAAAGUUUGUGUUGCUCUAAACUAACAACAACAACGGCAAUAAUAUACAUACAUGUGUUUACAAUUUGUCUUGUUUAAAAAAUGUCACAAAGAGGUAAACGCGGCAAUCAUUUGCAUCAUUCACGUCUUGAUGUUGAGCCCCAACCGCCUCCCACGAAACGGCGCAAAGGCCGGCCGCCUAAUAGUGGUGGCGGCGGCACAACCGGAGGACUUAAUGGGGGUGGCGGCGGUAGUGGUUUAGGGAAUAAUGCAAUUAGCAGUGGCAACAGUGGCACAUCAAUAAAUUUUGGCAAUACUAAUGAAAUCGGUGCGCAGACACCGGGAGCAGCUGUUGGGGUUACAGACGAGCUGCCCAGCUCAGCAAAAGUAGCUGGAUCUUCUUCAGCCAUUGCAUGGCAAGCCCGCUCAGUAGCUGAUAUUAAAAUGUCAAGUAUAUACAACCGAAGUUCCACAGAAGCACCCGCUGAACUCUAUCGGAAGGAUCUCAUUAGCGCUAUGAAAUUACCAGACUCUGAGCAAUUGGCAAAUUUUGAAUAUUUGGUAGUUAAUGACCAAUGGAAACAAGAGUGGGAACGUGGUGUUCAGGUCCCCGUUAAUCCCGAUUCUUUACCGGAGCCAUACGUUGAAGUUUUGUCUGAACCUAUCGUACCAGCCGCUCGAGAUUUUAAGCUUCCAAAAAAUCGCUUCCUGCGCAUUAGCAAAGAUGAUACGUACUCACCGGAGUUGCAUUGUUUGACCAAUGUGGUCGCAUUAGCUGAAAACAUUUGCGCUUACGACACUGAUCAAGUUGAUGAGGCUUGGCUGAAGUUGUAUAAUGCAGAUCGUGCCCGAUACGGUGCCUUUUUAAUCAGUGAGACGCAGUUUGAACGCGUCAUAGAAGAGCUGGAGAUACGGUGUUGGGAACAAAUCCAAGUAAUUCUAAAGAACGAAGAAGGCCUUGGAAUUGAGUACGAUGAAAACGUGAUUUGUGAUGUGUGUCGAUCGCCCGAUUCAGAAGAAGCUAAUGAAAUGGUUUUCUGUGAUAAUUGCAACAUUUGUGUACAUCAAGCAUGUUAUGGUAUUACCACAAUUCCUUCAGGACAAUGGUGGUGCCGAACGUGCUCGAUGAAAAUUAAACCAGAGUGUGUGUUAUGUCCAAAUAAGGGUGGUGCAAUGAAAUCAACGAAAUCUGGAAGGCAUUGGGCUCAUGUGUCCUGUGCACUCUGGAUACCUGAAGUCAGUAUUGGAUGCGUGGAUCGUAUGGAACCAAUAACAAAAAUCUCUAGCAUUCCUCAAAGUCGUUGGCAUUUACUUUGUGUUCUUUGUCGAGAGCGUAUUGGUGCUUGUAUACAGUGCUCUGUGAAGACAUGUAAGACAGCAUAUCACGUGACCUGUGCUUUUCAGCAUGGUUUAGAAAUGCGUGCGAUUAUUGAGGAGGGUAAUGCUGAAGACGGCGUCAAAUUACGCUCGUACUGUCACAAACAUAGCGUUAGCAAAGGGAAGAAGGAGACCAACAAUCAACAUGGCAGUAGUUCAGGUUGUAAGAAUAAAAUUGCAUCAGGCAUGGGAGGUUCCGGAACUGAAGACGACGAUUACCGCCGACGCAAGAAUCGUAAAUCAGAUAUGACUUCGGAAGAGCGAAAUCAGGUUCGAGCACAACGUUUACAGGAAGUUGAAGCUGAAUUUGAUAAACACGUAAAUAUUAAAGACAUAAGUUGCCAUUUGUUUGAUGUUGACGAAGAGGCCAUUGAAGCCAUUUACAACUAUUGGAAGUUGAAAAGAAAAUCACGGCAUAAUCGUGCCUUGAUUCCUCCAAAAUCUGAGGACGUAGAGAUGAUUGCCCGUAAACAAGAACAACAAGAUAUUGAAAAUCACAAGCUUGUGGUUCAUUUAAGACAAGAUCUGGAGAGGGUACGAAAUCUCUGUUAUAUGGUUAGCCGAAGAGAAAAAUUAUCUCGUUCGUUAUUUAAACUGCGUGAACAAGUGUUCUACAAACAAAUAUCUGUGCUCAGUGACGAAAGUAUAGCUAGCGACGGAAUUAGUAAGUGUGUUGAUGAACAAUUUAGAAACGCUGUCAUAUAUGCAAAUGAUGGUCCCACGCUCUAUGACAAGUUUUAUUCCUCCGGUGAAAAAAAUACGCCGUGCCAAUAUAAAAGCUUGGAAUAUAUACUAGAGAAAUUGGUAGGUAAUAUGAAGAGCGGAGCAAAGAACAGCAGGAAAGUCCGAAGAGCAUCCGCCUCACCUAUAAAGCGAGCUAAAGCGAAUACAGCAUCCGCAUCUUUGUCUUCUGGAAACACAGUAGACAAAAAGAUACCCAAAAGAAUCAAUAAUGGUGCCAUAUCAGCGAUAGCACCAUCGGCAACAUCUACAACCACUAAGAAUUGUAUUGCAACUAACGAUAGUAAAAUUACCAACGAAAAUCAACUUCAAAAAAGACGUGCAAGCAUUCACAAUGCAAAUGCAAGUCGUCAAAACACUUAUCCGGUUGUUACAAAUAAAGUAACUGAAGCUUCGGCAGCAGUAAGUUCCAAUGAAGCGAUUCUGAUUUCAAGAAGUCAGACUUCUUAUGUUGAAAGUACUUCGCGGUCAAUAUCAAAACCUAAUAAAGUUCAAGUGAAAAAUCUCGAAGAAAAUUCUUCUUCUAACUCAUCUGGCAGUUCGUCUUCAGACGAUGACGACUCUUCAUCAGAUAAUGGAUCGUCUUCGGAUAGUGGCAGCAGCAGUGGUAUGCAGAGUGUAUGUAGUUCAUCGCCAACUGAUUCCUCCUCAAGCGACAGUGAAACAGCACAAUCAUCAACGGUGCGUAAGCCGUCGCCACGAAAAAUAGCACAACAAAAGAGGCAAAGCUAUUCCCGCUCUUCCGUUGACGUUCGAACAAAACAGAGGAGGAGAAGCGCCAUGGCGACUUCUUCCGAAGCAGCUGUUUCCGCUAAAGAAGCAAAUACAGUAUCAGAAAUAACGACAGUCCUUUCAUCUGCCAGUGAAAACGAAGCUGACAGGGUUACGAGGGAAAAUAUUUCGUAUGUACCUGCUAAACAACAACAACAAUCUAAGUCAAAUACAAAUGCACAGAAACUUACGGAGACUUGUAAAGAAAUCGCCACAUCGGCACUCACAUGUCUUUCAGCGGAAAAAGAGAAACUAAAGCACAAGGACAUCAUGAAUUCACCUAUGAUAAAACGUUCCAAAUUAGAGGGGAAAGGUAUGGAAGAGACGGCCUUCAAAGGCGAUAAAAGCAAAACGGUAGCUUGUCGAAAGCCUAUGGGCGAUCAAAUCUACUCUGAUUCUAGUAGCUCAUUUGACACCGAAGACAAUGACAAAGAUGAUCGAACAGCUGAGAGUAAUGUAAGCGAUUCGCAAAACCAGCAAACAAUUCGAACCAAAGCUGCUAUGAAAGAGUUUACUUUACAGCAGCAAACGUGUCCUAAAACACAAAAACAUCCUUCUAAUGCCAAAAAGCCAAUUAAAUUGAAUUCAUCGUCAAAGACCACUGAAUCUCCUACAAAGACCCAUAAAAGGGACUUAACGUUCAGCUGUCAAAGGAAAUCUGAUCAAAAGUCACAUAAGUUCAUUGCAGAUUUGCUGGUUGUACCGCAAAGGCAAGCGGCUAAAAAGGCAUCCGAAAAUAUGCGAUCGACGAACUUCAAUGCUUCGGCAACAGCGACUUCUCUCCUUUGUUCUAAUACGGGAAGCAAUGCUCGAGAAUGCGAUAUUAAAGCUCGCGAUAUGGCGGUUGCGAUAAAACAGAAGGAUGAGAAAUGCGAUAAAUCACGCAAUAAAGAUAAAUCAACCGGAUCCAUUUCAGUUAAAAGUAAUGAGGCAAGUGAUAAGCCAAAUGUGAAUAAACGUGGUCGUCCGCCGAAGAACAAUAAAGAAAUUUUUGAAGGGGUUGCAUUACUGCCAAAUAAUCGAAGGGAUCAGAAUCCGGACCGCGAAAAGAAAACAAUAGUAUCGAUUGCUGCUGACCAAAUAGAACAACAAAGUGCCAAAUCAAGCACAAGUCAUUCCCAAAUAUCAAGCGAUAUUACGCAAAAGAAUAUACUUGUUGCUUACGUCCCUCAACGUCAAGCGGCGAAAAAAGCCGCUGAGCAAUUAAAGAGUAGUAAUAAGGCUGCAGUUUCUACGGAAAUAUUAGCCUCCGAUGAAAAAGAACGCAUCAUCAAUGAAAAAGAUACCAAGUUGAGAACUCCUGAAACACGUUCGAAAGUGACCACAAGACGUAUGUCUGUUCGUGAAAAUUUGCCGCUGCCUAAUAAGGAGCCAGUAAUAGUUUCUACCAAUAAAGAUCUCACAAGUAAUAGAAAUCGUUUGAAAGAUGAUGUCUCACUCGUUCUAGCGACUCCGAAACAAACUAUACAAGAUAAAAAAUUGCCUAAACUUUUAGUGACCUCAAGUUCAGAGAGUGGCUCUAGUUCCUCCUCUUCAACUUCAGAAGGAAGCGGUAGUACUAGUAAUAGUGAAAGCAGUUGUUCCUCGUCUGAAGAUGAUGAUGCAAGUGACGCUGAAACUGAAAAGAAAAUAAAUCCAAUCGAGCGGUCGAAAGCGGCUUGCGAAAAAAGUCCGUGUAGAACAGAGGAUGCCGGCGUAACACUCACUACAUCAAUUGCAAUCGGUGCUAGUCACAACUUGACUCCAGCUCAAAUUUCUUCACAAGCACAAUCCCAGCAAAAUAAUACUAAAAUAGAUAACACGAAGAUCACUGCAGAAGGUGUUGAAUACCAAAAACACGGAAAAGACUACACUUCUCAUGAGGAACAAUCGAUAAAUAUUUCAGUAAGCUCUUCAUUGCGUACUCGUGCGCAGUCACGGUUAUCACCUGCAAAAUAUGUGCAAUCGGAAUACAAAGCCAUAAACAAACAACAAGGAUUAUCAGGAAGCGAAAGCUCGGAUAACAAACCAAAGAAAUCGAAUGAAGCUUCAGUGGAAGCUACUCAAUUCGACAACAAUGACAUCGUAAUGGACAAGGAGAAACAAAUGGAGGUGUCCCACAACACAUCGAAUGAAGUUUCUAUAGCCUACUCUGGCAAAAUAUGUGAAAAUAAUACGCUAAUAACGUCUAGCAAAGACACGCAACGGGAUUUGCUUGAUAAAUUAUUGGUUAACAAUACAAAGGAAUGUGCGCCGUCAAGUGAAAUUGAAUAUGUUAAGAUCAUUCAGGAAAAAGAAUCAUCGAAUAUGUUAAGUACUUUGACAGAACCUGUAAUCCCAAGAAAUUGUGAUGAAUGCAUUGAAGUUCCAAUGGAAAUUGAUGAAGAGCUUACCACUGUUCAGACGCAGGCGACUUUGUCCGGUGAAGGUCGUGCAUCAGCGAAACUAGAUGAGAUAUUGGUCGAUUUAGACGAUCGGCCCCCUGCGGCACCAAUACCAGCGUCUCCAGUUCCAUCAUCGGUGUGUUCAAAUGACGAUGAAAACGAACAACAAUCAAAUAAUAGUGAUAAUAAUCAAAAUGACAAUAGUAAGUUACGUUCCCGUAAACGUCGAAGGCGUAGGAGACGGACGAGAACAGGAACUGGUAGUCCCUUUAUGUCAGCUGAAGAGGAGCAUACUCCACACACUCAACACAUAUUGAACGAAAUGGAGCUGGUUCGUGCAUUAGAAGAAGAAAGAAAGAAUGAAAUGGCAGCAAUUAGUGCUGGUUGCAGCAAAUAUUCAGCGUCAUCAUCUUCUCCUGUAGUAGCGCUUAUUCCACCUGAACCUCCAGAAAUCAUAGAACUUGAUUCUAAUUCAAAUUCAGAUCAGCAUACAUCUCCUCCUGAACCAGCAGAGAAUACGUCAAUUCCGAUGAAGUCGAAUUCACAAACCGUGCCCGUUUGCGCAAAAUCACCUUUGAUUCAAGCGACUCAAUCCCAAAACGGAGCGUCAAGUAUGGCAAAAGAAUCUCAAGAAUCAGAAAUGGCUAGUGAACCAGCAUGUAACUCAACGAUCGAUAGUCAAAACUCAUGUACAUCAGAAGGUGCUCACCAUCCCAUUGUGGAUACGAUACUUGAUUUGGAAGAUAAUGCUCAACAAAAACAAGAAGGAAAACGACAAGAGAAUUCUGGUUUUUCCGACGAUUUGAUUGGAACCACUGCGUUUGAUAAGCGCUCAAUAAAACCUUUGGUAUGCCAAGAAGCUGACAAUCUUAACUUGUUGGGAGCAAUAAAUGAGAGAAACACUGAAAAAUCGUUAUCUCAAGAGGACAGUUGCCAGGCGACGCGUAACCUUUUAGAAAAGCUGCGUAAAACCAAACGAAAUCGUUCCGAUGAGCACAAAGAACCCGAUCUUAUGUUGCCGCCACCAACGCCAGCUAUUCCGUCGGUAUUUCCGUUCCAUAAUGCUGCCGAUCCAGAAGACAUAAUUCACGUGCAAAAGGAACAUGCGAUGACUCCGUUAGAGACCAGCAGUAACAGUCAAGCUGAACAAAAACAACAAUCCGUGAACGUAACCAAUUUUAUUGCAGCUGCUACUUGUUCUCCCAUUAACUCUAGCAAUGUUACCCAUAAUAAUGAAAACAAUCAUUCGACUUGUCCCCCACAAGCAACAGGCAGUGGCGGUGUGUGUUCCGUCAGUAAUAAUAUUUCGAUUUUAGAAAACACUUUAAAUUAUGUAGGAGGAAGUAGUCGCGUGGUGCAAGCGCAAACGUCAAAUCAUCAUCAAACCCAAGCUAUAGAUGCGACUGUUGCAAAUUUCAAUCAACAUUUACCGUCGAGCACAUCUGUCUCGAGAGCACCGGACGUUACCGAUCUCUCGAAUUUAAUUCAAAAAGAUAUUAACAACCAGACAACAUCAAACAGCAAGGACUCUGCAAUUGAUUGCUUUAAGAAUAAUAAUUUGCCAGCAACAAGUAAUAAUACCUCAGUUAGUUCGUGUACGGAAAUUACUCCGGACUUCGUAGACUUGCACGCGGCUGCUGUGAAAGAAAAUAUUGACUUUACGGCUUCCAAUUCCGUCGACACAAAUAAACUGGUUGUCGACUGUGACUUUGAUGAAAAUACUCGAAUGCAAUCACCGUAUACAAUACGAGCUUCGAGAAUUUGGAAUGAAAACGAUCUAAUUGCAGCCCGACGUUCCACAUCACCUAGUUCUGUAUCAGAAUCGAACGAUCAGCCCACAUCGCUUGACUUACAAUUACCUCAACAACCACAGCAAUCACAACAAGAAAAUCUGUCACGAGCACCGCCACAAACACCACAUCAGCAAUUAUCGUUGCAAGGAACCCAAAUGCCGCCUCAACAACAUGCCAUCGAACAAAAUACGUUAAAUAGUAAUAACAAUAGUAACAAUAACAAUAAUAACAAUAAUAAUAACAAUAACAAUGUUAAUCAGCAGUUGCAUAUUCCGUUAGACUCGCAAAAUUGCAAAAGCAAUUUCUUCGAUUCCAUUAACAACUUCAAUAUUGAUGCGUCAUCGUUUCAGCGACAUCAUUCACUUCAGCAGCAACAACAGCAUCAACAACAGCAACAACAACAGCAACAACAACAAACAACGCAGCCACAACAAGCACAACAAACACAGCAAACACAACAACAGCAACAACAAGGAGAUAAUCAACAAGCACAUUCUCAAUCUCCUAUGGUUAACGGUAUUGAUGCCAUGAUUUCAUUUGACCAGAGGUUUAAUGCUCAGCAAACAACACCAACCACUCAGGCCGUAACCCACCAGCGACCGCAAUCAGGUUUAUCAUCAUCUACACAACAAUUCAACGGUUCAGUUAAUUUGUUUCAUAAUAACUCAUCUCCCAUGACAAAUCUAAAUCAGAUACAAUAUGCAAGCAAUGCCGUUUCGGCAGGGAAUGGAAAUGUAAUGUUUGGCGCCAGUACAGGAAUUAAUAACAGUGUAGCCCAUUCUGCGUCUGCAUCGACUACUAGAUCACAUCAGCAGCCAAAUUCAGAUUUGUAUGGUUCCAAUUUAACGGUUGCUGGCAGUAACGCUACGAGCCAGUAUGGUGGCGCGGCUUUUACUUCCUCAACACACAACAUGGCUUUAACAGCUGCAAUUGUAGGAACAACAGUCUCUGGUAGUUUAAUAGAUCACAGUUCCCCACAUCAAACUCAAAUUCAGUCGUCUAAUCAGUUUGAUUUAAGUUCGACCGGUAAUAAUGCAGCAGCCAGCUUCAAUAGCAUACACAUGGGCUCUUGUACCGAAACGGUUAUGAAAAAUCAUCAAACGAGUACGAAUGUUGUUACAAAAGAAUCGCCGUCGAAAGUUCGCUCAUCUACAAGGUUCACUCAACAGUCACAGCAGUUGCGUAAUACUCACAAAUCCCCUCAAAUAUGCCAACAUAAAUCUCCGGGCAAAUCGCCGAGGCAAAUGGAGUUGCUUAGCAAACAGCUUCAACAGCAGUCACCUUUAGCGGAAUUUACAAACUGUACUUCCAAAACGACAAAGUUUGAUCCCUUAACGCAUACAUUGGCGGGAAAACCAAGGCAAAGGGCACCUAGAGGUACUGGGACAAAUUCACGUGGUCGAGGACGUGGUAGAGGGCGUGGUCGAGGCAGCAAUGCAAGUAAUUCUAUAAUACCACUGCCUUUAUCAAUGGCAGAAUACGUGAAUGUAAAUAAUCUUGUUGGUACUCCAUUUGAAUUUAAUUAUGACGAAGAUAUGUCAUCGACUGGAAUGGAGAACCUUCAAUCGCUUCGUGAUCGGCGGCGUUCUUUUGAUUGUCGUAACAUUCACAACACGGAUGCUCAGAAAUUUCGCAGCCCUAGUUAUACGAAUGCUGCCUGUAAAAUACGCAAUAGUUCCGGACCAACAUCCAGUAAUGUAUCAAGUGGAAAUGCGACAGUUGCUGGAGCUGAAAAUAUAACAAAUUCUAAUGAAACCCUUAAAGGUAUUGCGGCCGGCGGAACCAAUUCCUCCGUGACAACUACCAAUAAUGAUCAACAAUGCAUACUACACGCUAUUGUUCAGCCCAUGUUGCCUGGCCCUGUCGAUAUGCGGACAUACAAUCUUGGUUUUGAACCGCAGCAUUCAAGUGCAUCUCAGGAAGCAUAUAAUAAGAAUUUAUUGGGCGCAUUUGAUUCAGGCACUGCUGAUCAAACAUUAUCUGAAUUUGAUGAAGAAGAUGAGAGGGAAUUUCAAUCAGCUCUACGCGCUACAGGUACUAAUUCUAUAAAUGCUAAGCAAUCGCAAACGUUAGCUCCUCAAGUACCUACAAGUACUGCUACAGAUUCAGCGCUAAACAAUCGUUUACCGUCUUAUACAACUGCAAUUAAAGACACUAUCUCGGGGCACAGCGCUAGCACAAUAGAUAAUAUGUCAGUAGGUGCUGCAACGACUUUAACUAAUACGUCUGUGGUAGAUUUACUUAUAGCCCCUGAUAUGCAAACCUCGAUGGAAACUACUUCGGAGGACGUUUCGAUAGACUCUGAUACAACGUUAACCACCAAGGCUUCGCUGUCGGAUGCUAGAAAUCAGCUUAAGCUAAAAAUAAAAGGCCCUCUAGCAUAUCCGGACAAUUACAAUAAUUCUAAUGCAAUGACUCUUUCGUUGAGUUCUCAUACUUCUAGUGUAAUACAAUCAAAUACUGCCCAAGUGCAGUCUAUGGUUUCUGCUAGUACUACAGUAAGUACUUCUGCGAGUGGUGGUAUCAGCGGAACUAAUUCGCGACGAAUGCGUAAAAAAGAAUUAUUAAGUCUAUACGUAGUACAAAAAGAUACUAUUGCUGAUGAUUUAUCAUGCGGAUUACAUCCCACCGAUUCAAAUUUAAAAUCUAAUGUCAUGGAUAUCACACGGAAAGCAGAUAGUGGAGUAAAUGAAGCUUCGGAAUAUGGUUCUGAAUUAACAAGUGGCAGUAAACGUUUUAAAAAGAAUUCCAGUCGAGAGUUGCGGUCAUUGGAUGUGAAUGUUUCUGAACUGAAUGACGCUGGCACAAAUGUGCCGGUGUCAGCCGAUUCCCGCAGACGCAGUGCAUGCUCAUCUGGCAGCACUGAUAAUAACAUUAAAACUGGUGCUGCUUGUAGUGCAGGUAAAAGACGUGGCCGCAGCAAGACAAUAGAGGGCAUAGAAGACGAACCAACACCGAAAUUAAAAAUCAAAAUACGAAGUUUGGGUGAUGGUAGUGCGAGCGCUACCACUGUUGGAUCAGGAAAUUCGGAAACUGUUGAAAACGCUCUUAGUACUUAUGAAGUUACGCGAAGAUCGAUGGCUUGCCCUCCAAAAAAACGUUUGACAUCAAAUUAUACACCAACUCUAGAGGAUUUGAUGCGUGACUCCAUGAAUUAUCGUGACCAAGUUAUGCAAGAAUUUGGAGGUGAUGACGACGAACGUACAAGGCGUAGCAAAACCGCUAGUAUUGACGCUGGUGUUGAUCUUAACCUGCAUUUGCAUACGAAAAAACCAAAAUCAUCGAAAUCGAAAAAAGAGAAAAAAGAGAAAAAGCGGCAGAAAAGUAAAAGUACGGAUAAUGGUGGCGCUGGAAAUGUCGGAAUUAGCGUUCUCGACAAUAUGACAACAACUUUAAUUGAGCAACCUAUUAGUGCAUCCCCUGGAGAGCCACCGAAAUUAAUUCUGAGAAUUGGCAAACGUAAGAUUGAUUCAACAGCAGUAGAAAAUUCAUUGCUCUCGCCCGCUACAGUACAGAUUGAAGAACCAGUUACAGCAGCUCCUAUUCGUCUCAAGUUAGCAAGAGUCUCUGAAGGCGGUGGUUAUGUAAUUGGUGACAAGAAAAGCAAAAAAGACAAACAAAGUCACUCGCCACCUAACGUAGAAGAAUCUAAUGUAAAUACAAAUUUGGAUGCCGCGAGUAGUAACAUCGUAAAAACUCCCACAACAGGAACAACGGUGGAAAAAUUCUGUGAGGACGCAAACACUUGUGCGGAUACCGUUCAAUCACCUGCUUUGGUAUAUAGCACGUAUACGUGCACUGGUGGCAAAACUAAUACGUCUCCAUUGGCUAAGGUUAGUGCUUCAGAUACCGCGAAAGAUUCGAGCACAACGUCGCCCUGUCUGGUCAUAGAUUCGAGCAAGAGUAAUGAUAUACAGGAUUCUAAUACUACAACAAGUUCCAUACAUGAUAGCGGCCCACGUCUUGGUUCUGGCCCGCUAAGAACGCCAAACACAUUCAAUACCGAAAAUAGUAAUAGUUUAUCUUCAGCUGGUAGCAGUCGCAGCAAUCUUAGCAAUUCAAAUUCUUUGCUUGAACCCACUCUUCAAAGCUCCAAUGGUGGCAACAAUAAUAACAGUGAGGGAUUACUUUCAUUGCAAAAAGACUGCGAAGUUAGAUGAUAAAAGUAUUAAAUCAAUUAUAUCUUGGUUUAUACACAUUAUCAUUAAAUUUAACGUAAAACACUGACAAGUAGGCAACAACAGCCACUCCAUUAUGUAAAGGCACAAAUUGUGUUAAAUUUUGAAACCAUCUCGCUCUGUCCAGGACCGGCAAUUAACAAAUAUCUGAGUACGCUAGGAUAGGUCUGUCCAGCCAGCCAGCUAUAUAGUAUUAAGAAUAAUUAAGAUAACUCUAUUUUAACAAUUUUUUUUUUUUUUUUUUUUUUUUUUCAAACAAUGAAAUAGAAGGGUAUGUGCAGUUUAGCUAAGCGCAAAUUUGUUAAAACAGAGCUAUGAAACUUUAGAUAAAAGGGAUUAUUCUGACAUUUUUCGAAUCCUUAAUAUGUCCGCAAUUUAUACAAUAUUGUCUUGUUUCUUCCAAUGAUAAUCCGUUAUGUGAUUAUUAUGAUGAUCGUCAGCGAAUCGAAUUUGGAAGCGUAAUUGUUAUUGUUAUUCUGAAUUUGUAAACGUAAGCUGAGUAAGUCUUUCCUCGUUGAACUGUUUUACUCUUAAAAUUUUUUCCUUUCAUUUAUUUAUUUAUUUAUGUUUUUUUUUUUUUUUGUUGCAAAUUGAGAACAGGACUACAUGGGAUGCCGGCGGUACAGUGAAAAAGUAAAGAAAAGAUAUGUAGGCGCACUUAUCGAGAAGCAAUAAUUGCUUUUGUUAUUAUUACUAAAAGAUAAAUAUGAAAAAAACAAAUGUACGUUAAGCGUACUGGAAAAUAGAUGUUAUUAUUUUGUUUAUACACUAAAAAUUAAAAAAAAAAAAAAAAAAAGAAAGAAGAGG